CGGGGGCGGAGGGAGGCAGGACCCCCUCCCCCGCCGCGCCGCCCGUGGGCCGGUCUCCGUGUCCCGGGAGGGGCGGGGCGCAGCGGCGGUGGCGGCGCCCGGGCCGCUUUCCCAUUCUCCCCAUUCGGGCGAGAGCAUGGAGGCGCUGAGGGAGUCCGUCCUGCACUUGGCCUUGCAGAUGUCGACCUACAAGCGGGCCACGCUGGACGAGGAGGACCUGGUGGACUCGCUCUCCGAGGGCGACGUGUACCCCAACGGCCUGCAGGUGAACUUCCACAGCCCCCGGAGUGGCCAGAAGUGCUGGGCUGCGAGGACCCAGGUGGAGAAGCGGCUGCUGGUGCUGGUGGCACUUCUGGCGGCAGGACUGGUGGCCUGCCUGGCAGUGCUGGGCCUCCAGUACCGAACAAGAACCCCCUCAGUGUGCCUGAGCGAGGCCUGCAUCUCAGUGACCAGCUCCAUCUUGAGUUCCAUGGACCCCACAGUGGACCCCUGCCAGGACUUCUUCACCUACGCCUGUGGCGGCUGGAUCAAGGCCAACCCCGUGCCUGAUGGCCACUCACGCUGGGGGACCUUCAGCAACCUCUGGGAGCACAACCAAGCCAUCAUCAAGCACCUUCUCGAAAACUCCACAGCCAGUGUGAGCGAGGCAGAAAGGAAGGCCCAAGUCUACUACCGUGCAUGCAUGAAUGAAACCAGGAUCGAGGAGCUCAAGGCCAAGCCCCUGAUGGAGCUGAUCGAGAAGCUCGGGGGCUGGAACAUCACAGGUCCCUGGGACAAGGACAACUUCCAGGACACCCUGCAGGUGGUCACCUCCCACUACCGCACCUCACCCUUCUUCUCCGUCUACGUCAGCGCCGACUCCAAGAAUUCCAACAGCAAUGUGAUCCAGGUGGACCAGUCCGGCCUGGGCUUACCCUCAAGGGACUAUUACCUGAACAAAACAGAAAAUGAGAAGGUGCUGACGGGAUACCUGAACUACAUGGUCCAGCUGGGGAAGCUGCUGGGCGGAGGGGACGAGGACAACAUCCGGCCCCAGAUGCAGCAGAUCCUGGACUUUGAGACGGCUCUGGCCAACAUCACCAUCCCCCAGGAGAAGCGCCGGGACGAGGAGCUCAUCUACCACAAAGUGACGGCGGCCGAGCUGCAGGCCUUGGCGCCCGCCAUCAACUGGCUGCCCUUCCUCAACUCCAUCUUCCACCCCGUGGAGAUCAAUGAAUCCGAGCCUAUCGUCGUCUACGACAAGGAGUACCUUGGGCAGGUCUCCACCCUCAUCAACACCACCGACAAGUGCUUGCUGAACAACUACAUGAUCUGGAACCUGGUGCGGAAGACAAGCUCCUUCCUCGAUCAGCGCUUUCAGGACGCCGACGAGAAGUUCAUGGAAGUCAUGUACGGGACCAAGAAGACCUGUCUUCCUCGCUGGAAGUUUUGCGUGAGUGACACAGAAAACAACCUGGGCUUUGCCCUGGGCCCCAUGUUUGUCAAAGCCACCUUCGCUGAGGACAGCAAAAACAUAGCUAGCGAGAUCAUCCUGGAGAUCAAGAAGGCGUUUGAGGAGAGCCUGAGCACCCUGAAGUGGAUGGAUGAAGACACUCGGAAGUCAGCCAAGGAGAAGGCGGAUGCAAUCUACAACAUGAUAGGCUAUCCCAACUUUAUCAUGGACCCCAAGGAGCUUGACAAAGUGUUCAACGACUACACCGCGGUUCCGGACCUCUACUUCGAGAACGCCAUGCGGUUUUUCAACUUCUCCUGGAGAGUCACUGCCGACCAGCUCCGGAAAGCUCCCAACAGAGAUCAGUGGAGCAUGACCCCACCCAUGGUGAACGCUUACUACUCGCCCACCAAGAACGAGAUUGUGUUUCCGGCCGGGAUCCUGCAGGCCCCGUUCUACACCCGCUCUUCACCCAAGGCCUUAAACUUUGGUGGCAUCGGUGUCGUCGUGGGCCAUGAGCUGACUCAUGCUUUUGAUGAUCAAGGGAGGGAGUAUGACAAGGAUGGGAACCUCCGGCCCUGGUGGAAGAACUCGUCCGUGGAGGCCUUCAAGCAGCAGACCGAGUGCAUGGUGGGGCAGUACGGCAACUACAGCGUGAACGGGGAGCCGGUGAACGGCCGGCACACGCUCGGGGAGAACAUCGCCGACAACGGGGGCCUCAAGGCGGCCUAUCGGGCCUACCAGAACUGGGUGAAGAAGAACGGGGCUGAGCAGACCUUGCCCACCCUGGGUCUCACCAAUAACCAGCUCUUCUUCCUGGGCUUUGCGCAGGUCUGGUGCUCCGUCCGCACGCCCGAGAGCUCCCAUGAAGGCCUCAUCACCGAUCCCCACAGCCCCUCCCGCUUCCGGGUCAUCGGCUCCAUCUCCAACUCCAGGGAGUUCUCGGAACACUUUCAGUGCCCGCCCGGCUCCCCUAUGAACCCCCAUCACAAGUGUGAAGUCUGGUGAGGAGCGAAGCACCAAGAGCCAGGAUGGAGGAGGGGGAGGGGCCGAGGACAAGCCCCAGGGGGCGCCCAACAAGGCUGCGCCUCCAUCCGGUGUCCAGGGCAUCGCCCAGCCCCCUUGGCCACCUGGGGCCCCCUUCCCGGCACUGGAGGGUUUUCAGCUGGAACUGAGCCUGCGAUGUGGGUUCUCAACAUAAUCCGAGGUUUGAUCCCCUGUGAAGACCCUGUCAUCCCAGGCACACGUGCGUCACCUCUAACGGGCAUUUGGGUUUCAGGCUGGUUGUUCGCCAGGCCUGGGCCCCCCGCCGACAAGGGCAGUGGGACACAGCCCCCUGCCCACAUCCAGCGCCAGAUACACCACAAAUACCACUGUGUCAAAUGCUUUAAAGAUAUAUUUUUGGGGAAACUAUUUUUUAAACAUGUGGAAUACACUGGAAAUCUUCAGGGAAAUAAUGCAUUUAAAACACUUUUUUUUUUUUAAGGAAAGGAUUGGUAUAUUUAUUAUGUUCUGUUUUUCUAAAUGACCUGUGGACAAGGGAAGCCCCACUGACUUAGCCCCUCUCGUCCUCACUUGCUGCAAGGUGGGGCUGAGGCAGGGUCCCCAGCCGCUGAGUGGGUCCCCCGAGAGCUGCCUCAGUCCUUGGGAUAUGCAGUUUCAGCCCGGUCACCUGGUUCUGCCGCCACCUGGAGCAGAGAGGAGAGGCGUGGAGGCCGGGCAGGGGAAGGGGCCAGCUCGAGGAUGCCAAACUCAUUGGCAACCCCCUCUCAGCAUGCCUGCAUCUGUCCCCAGAGUCCAAAGUGGGAACCUCAGCAAGGAAGGUCGAUCCCCAGAGUCUCUGCUGGGGACUGAUAGCUGAGGCAGAGAGGCCAGGCCAGGGUCCUCAAACCUAGUCUGGGGCUCUCAAGCACCCUGGAUCCGGACCAUGGGAGCCCUGCGAGGCUGAGACCCCCCCCGAAGAUAUACUCCGCUGUGCCGGGGGUGUCCUCUUUCCGUCCCUCUUCUUUUGGCUACCCCAUGUCUAUCCUGGGGGCCUGCUCCCUCUGCAGCAGUCCCCCCAUCCCAGCCACGUCAGGGUCUCCCUUGCUGACCCUCUCGCCAGAGGAAAGAGAAAAGAGAAAAGAGCUGUGCUCCCCUACGCAGCUCAAAUCCUCCCUGUGGGCUCCAUCCUCCGCCCCCCGGCCUGGGCCUGGCUCCCGGGACCGCGACAGCUCACCCUCCGUUUUCUAGUGCCUUAUGUGAAGCUGUGGCCCUGGGCUCAACCCCAAGGAGGCACUCCCCCACCCCCGGGGCUCCCUGGCCUCCUCGGUGAAUCCUCCAAGGGUCCUGACUGUAACAAAGGCCAUACCCCCUGCUCCCAGUGCCCACAGAGCUGCCUCUCACAGCAGCCCAGGAGCUGUGGCCUGCAGGUCAGCGGCACCCAGGUCAGGAGUCUGAGGAGCCCCUGAGCUUUCUCUGGCCUCCGUCCCACUCUCAGCCCCUUGGGUUACAUUAAGACAAUACUUGUAGCUAGAUGGGCUCUUCUUCUUGGGGGAUGUUUUCAGCCCUGGGAGGCUGUGGGGGGAAGGUUCCCCCAACCUGGUCAGUCUGAUCUGUGCUGUCAGGGGACCAGCAAUGUUGUCCCCUCCCUGAGGUCACAGUUCAGGGGCUCCCCCAGGUGGAGCUAAUUGUAGCCCUACUCUGGUCCUCUGGGGGAAGCAGGCACCUGUGACUGAGGCAGGAGCAGCCCAUGCCCGCCAUGGUGCUCCCAUCUCAGCAGGCCAGACCCCCGGCCAGCCCCCACUGCCACAGUGCACUUGCAUCACCCAGGAAGCCAGACUCCUCCUUGCCAGAGAGGAGCAGACAGCUCAGCCACUGCCUCACCCACCUUCACAUCAGCCCCAGAGCUGGGGCAGGGGCAGUGGAGGUGGGCUCCAGAUAAGGCCGUGGUCCCCCAAGCAGCAGGCCUAGUGGCUCUUCAGAGGAAAGGUAGGACCAGAGCCGGAGAAGGAGCUAGGGGCAGGAGCCCGCCACACGCACCUUGCCACAUAGAGGUAGCUUUCCCAGUCCUGGACCCUGCCCGGCCUGCUCUCCCCCGACCCUCCUUCCCCGUGGAGGGUCACAGCCUCCAGAGUGUCGGUCUGCACCAUACUGGGACCUCCCAGCCAGAAGCAAGCGUCCUAGGGCUGAGGGUCCAGCCAGAGGGCACAGAGGCUGCACUCGCUGCUUCAGGAGGGGGAGGGGGAGGGGGAGGGGGGCGGGGAGAGGAAGGCGCAGGCCCAGCAGGGAUGGAAGCAAAGGAAGCGUCCCCCGCUACUCCUACCCCUACCCUUCCAGAGCUUUGAAAAGGCUGAGGGAUGGGCCGCUGCCUUCCGAGAGACCCCUCCCCUUAGAGCCAGAGGCAUAGGGCUGGCUUCUCUGUGGGUCCAUGAAUGUGGGUUUGGAGCUGGGAAUCUAUUUUUUGUAUUAUUAUGUUCUGUGCUACUGUAGUUUUGGUGUGGCACUAUUGUAACUGUAAUAAAGUACUUGUACCAAG